AAGCUCAGUCUGAGAUUAAAAAGUCUGUGACACUAUAUUUACUUUUUAAAAAAAAAUAGUAACAGUAUUUCUUCAUGUGUCGUCAUGAACAUAAACUAACGUUUGCUCACUGUAACUGGAGCUGAAGUUAGGCAGUUCGCUGACUGUGCCAUGGUGCCGAAAUUCAGCUGAACACAUGCUGGACUCCAGAAGUAACGGUAACACGGUUUAAAGUGAUUUUUAGAUUAAAUUACGUCCUUCAGUUUGGCAUUAGAGUGUUAUAAGUCGGUUGAGAAAUGAUCGCCUAACUUUGUUAACUUAAGUGUAUCUCGAGCCGGUUUCUCAAACGUACCUACCCCACCUUUGAAUGUGUACAACAACGUUAAUCAAAGUGCACCGUCCAUUAAGAUUUAAAGCAUAAUGAAUAUGUGUUAGGGUGCUGUCACUCUUUAGUUUUAAAGGAACUAUUGUGCGUUUGCCUUUUUUCUGUGGUCGUGUAGGCAGGUGUGAAAGCUAUAAUUCAACCAGGGCGCCGAGAGGAAGGAGCUUUCGGCCCGCAAGUGAACUCUGGCUUCACUAUGCGGCGGGGGGAUCACGCUUCCCGGGCUUUCCAGGCCCCGGUGGAUGUCCAUGCCAGUGUAGAUGGGCAGAUCUACAUGUUCAACAGGAGGCACAAUGAGUCUACUUCCUCCUCAGAUGAUGAGGAGCUCAUCGUCAUGGAGAUGAGGCCGCGAAUUUCACUGCAGGAGCCGGACAGUCUGAGGAACAUCCAGCUGCUGGAGCGGGAGGUGCUGGACGGGGACAACCUCAACAAGCUCGCACUGCAAUAUGGCUGUAAGGUGACGGAUAUAAAGCGGGUGAACAACCUCAUGCAGGAACAAGAUUUAUUUGCACUGAAAACCAUCAAAAUACCUGUUCAGAAACACAGCUUUUUAACCGAGUUGCACACAAGUCACCCUCAAGAAGAAAUGCCACAUUCAUCCCCCACACCAGUGAAGCCUCAGGACCGAUCCAGAGCCCAGCCACACCUGCAGGAAGUCACAGACUUCCUGAUGGAGGUGGACCAGGAUAUCGAGAAACUGAUUCAGAACACAAAUGAUCAAGAUGAAACUUUUUUAGAUAACUCAAAACAACAAAGGUUUGGUUUCAAAGGACAGCCUCUGAAGAGUCACGGCGCAGACUGGGGCAUCCAGUGGUGGAACGCUGUGGUGGCCAUGCUCCUGAUCGGCAUCGUCCUGCCAUUAUUUUAUGUCAUUUAUUUCAAAUCAAAAGAUAGUGGAGUAGCUUCACCAACAGAUGGUGGAGGUGCUUUAUCUUCCAUCCCCUAUUCAACCACCUCAGGGACAGGAGCCGAACACUUCCAAGAACCAGGAUAAAGCACACCGGAAUCAUUUUAAGACUGAUGAUAUUUAAGGUGUCAAUCAAGAUAAAGCCAACUCUCUUAACAUUUUCACGCAACACCCCCGUGUGUCAGUGACAUUGUCUUUCUGUUUUGUACUAUAUCUGUGAUGCUUGAGGCAGAAACUCCAAUGACUGUGUUGAAGAGAAAUGGAUGAAAAAGUUCAAAUCUUUGUGAUAUUUUAGAAAACUAACAGUUCUUUCUUUAAAGAGUUGAUGUAGUAAUAUUUCUUACAAUAUUACUCUCGGCUAUGUUACCUCAGGGGAUUUACAAUAUUUGAGGCUGAUAAGUAACUAAGUAUUUUUGUGUGGGCUUCACUACAACUCGCCUUCCUAUCAUUGCCUUUUGCCAGUAUCAACAUAUCAAGGGUCAUCAUAUCAUUGUCAUGUAUCAAGCAUAAUCAUGACAUCUGUUCCAAUACAGUAAUAUAUAUAUAUAUUUGCAAUAUGAAAAAUGGGAGAAAAGUGUAUGAGGUUAAACUAUAUUUGACAUGGUUUUGAGCAUUUAUUGUGUGCCUUGACUGAAUGAACUUAUUUGUGGCUGUGUUAUGGUCCACUCAUUGCCAUGAACAUCGUGCCUCUGGGUCUGAAUUCAGUGCCAAAAGUGUAACAUGUGUUUACAGUAAGAUUUUGGUACAAUAUACUUUAUAUUUUACAUUACAAGGUGUUGCAUUUAGAAAAUUGCAUUUAUGUUUCCUGAAUGAAGUGUGACGUAAAAAAGUGCCUUAAACCUUCAUAGUUAGGUUUGUAUGGUAUUAAGUCCACCAUGAGCAGGUGGCGAAUUUGUGUGCCAUGUCCAAAGCACUUUUUAAAGUCUAGUAUUGAAGCUGGAUUUGGUUUUAAAAUGUUGAAGUACAUUUGUAAACUAAUUGGUGUGCAACAUCAUUUUUAUUCAGCAUGUACCUACCUGAAUACAAACCUAAUAGUGUGAAUUUAAUCUCACAAGUUGA